UGCAGUUGCCGGUCAUGUAGCCAAAUCUCACAUGAAACUGAUGAACUGAUGUAAAUGGCAGUUUGAUAAGUAUUUUUAUGGUAUGACCCUUUAGAGUAAUCAUCAGAUGAUGGUUAUUAUCGUACAAGACUUGAGCUUGUGUAUGAUGAAUGUGCAAUGUACAAAUCUCUUUUCAGUUCUUCAAUUUGAUUUACUUCCUAAAUAAAUAAAAACAACCAAUCGCACCAAAGAAAGCCAUUGACUGUGAGAGGCCUGGGUGUGUUACAUUUAUCAAAUGACCAUUGAUAAAGUCAGUUGCUUGUUCAUCCAUCUUUUCAGUAAUUUGUUCGUCACUCACUAAGUUGAUAAUUCUGUCAAAAAAUUACAUUGAUGAGCAUUUUUGUCAAUUGAUCCUUAAUAAACUGUACGGAUGAACCAACGGUAUUUUGCCAGCAGAUUAUAUGAAUGUAUAACGAAAAAUGUGAUGGUUAUUGUACUUUGAGGGUGCGUAGACUUUCAAAAAGUAUAAUCAAACCUCAAGAAACUUCCAAGACUAUAACUUUGCUCUAUAGAAAGAACAAGAAAUCCAAUGGAUCUAAACACUUCAGAUCAACGUUGAUUCAACUUUUAAGCUAAUUGACCCCAUUUUUUUUCAUAACUCGUGAAAAAAAAAAGAUGCUUACAGCAGUAGAUACUGUACACUUUGCAGACGGUGAGUGGUAUUUGAAAACAGAUAAUUUGGAAGAAUCGUGAGGUAAUGAUGUUUGGAAACAGAUUGGAAGAGCGAGAUAAUGAAGUAGUGUUGGUAAUUUGUAGGUGCAAUUGAACACGGGCUUCGUCUGAAACUUUAGCUGUGAGUGCAGUGUUCCACAUUCUUCUCGUGAAUGUAAGAAAACACCUUCAGAAUCCCGAUGCAGUGAUUCUCUUGAUUACGAUUUUGUGUCAUGGAAAGGGGAUUGUGUUUGUGUACCUCUACAUUUGCCACCUCAUCCAUUAAUUUCCACUUCUAACAAAUUCCACCACUAUCGAUUCUCGGCUAUUUAAUCUCUACACUUCCAUUCAGGGUUUCAAUUUGAGGUUCCACAUUCUCAAUUCUCCUACCGCUACCUGUUAAGUGUAGGAGAGAGAUUGAAAAUGCCUGCAGAGAAGUCGAACAGUUGCGACAGCGAAGUGGAGGCGUUCGUGGAGGUUGAUCCGACGGGAAGGUUUGGGCGUUACAACGAUCUUCUCGGUUGUGGUGCUGUGAAGAAGGUUUACAGAGCUUUUGAUCAAGAGGAAGGAAUUGAGGUGGCGUGGAAUCAGGUUCGGCUCAGGAAUUUCAGCGAAGACCCUGUUCUCAUCAAUCGCCUUCAUUCUGAGGUUGAGUUGCUCAGAACCCUCAGCAACAAGUACAUCAUCGUCUGUUACAGUGUGUGGAAGGAUGAGGAACGCCACAACAUCAAUUUCAUCACUGAGAUUUGCACUUCCGGGAACCUCAGGGAUUACCGCAAGAAGCACCGCCAUGUCUCCAUUAAGGCUUUCAAGAAGUGGUCCAAACAGGUCCUUGAGGGGUUGGAAUAUCUUCAUACUCAUGAUCCAUGCAUCAUUCACAGGGAUCUCAAUUGCAGCAACAUCUUUGUUAACGGCAACAUUGGCCAGGUGAAAAUUGGUGAUCUUGGAUUGGCUGCAAUAGUGGGAAGGAACCAUGCUGCUCAUUCAAUUUUAGGAACACCUGAAUACAUGGCACCGGAGCUGUAUGAGGAAGAUUACACUGAGAUGGUGGACAUAUACUCCUUCGGAAUGUGUUUGCUUGAAAUGGUUACAAUGGAGAUACCCUACAGCGAAUGUGACAGUGUGGCGAAGAUCUACAAAAAGGUCACUAAGGGAAUUAAGCCUCAGGCUUUUAGCAAAGUCACAGAGCCAGAGGUGAAGGAAUUCAUUGAGAAAUGCAUAGCACAGCCAAGAGCAAGACCUUCAGCCACAGAUCUCCUUAAGGAUCCUUUCUUUUAUGAACUCAACAAUGAUGAAGAAUCGACGCCAUUAAAUUGAUAUUGUUUGACCCUUUUGUCCAAUUCAACAACUUUUCACUUCCAAUCAAAGUAUGUUCGUAUUACAUACUGAUAGCUGGUUAGUAGAUGAUGCAUUUCCGCUCCAGUUUCACUGUAUCUGUAUUGUACAGACUGAAAGUGCCAAUCGACCCAGUUGUAGCUUUUUCAGUGGAUUCCCUUAUUUGUUUCUGCCAUAUUCUGUUUUAUUUGCUUCAACACUGAAAUCGUUAGAACGUCAAGCUCAUUUGGAUCAUAAGCAGACAAUUAUCAAAUUUAUAUGCUUUGUCUCACACUAGCAGGAUUGAAAGCCGAAUCUCUUAUUUCUUCAA